AUGCAGGCGGCGACAAGCUCGAACCGGGAGCAGCGGAUCCCGGGCGGCGCGCGCUGGCGCAGCCCCGCGAUCUCCCGUGGCCCGAAGAAGAAGGGCACCCGCGCCAUGUCAGCGGCGGGAGUGGUCAGCAUCCGGUCGACGCCGACGCUGCCCGCGGGCUCGCGGUACUCGAGGUGCGGGUACGACGGGCGUGGCGGGUUGCGCGCCAUGAACAUCUCCCUGCCCCAGGCCGGCGCCACGGACGGCGCGGCUGCGCCGCACGCGAUCUCGCAGACGGCCUUCUCGAACUGCAUCCCGCCAGGCGCGUCCACGAUGCAGUGGCAGAAGCGCUGGCCGAAGAUGAAGCCGCCGCACUUGAGGCGCCGCGGAGUGGGGGUUGGUGGUGCGAGUGCGAAUCGUGAUCGUGCGAUGGUGGGGAAGGAGCGUGUCGCUUGGUCAGCAAAGUCAAAGGAGCAUUGUUCAUGCGGGGCAGACCGCCAGUAG